CAUCAUGGUUGUCUUUCCUAAAUCAUAACAAUACAUGACUAUGCCGUAGGCUUCGACGGGACAAUCUGUUUGAUCAAAAUGGCAAAUAAUGAACGUAUUGUAGCGUUGAUCGACAUGGAUUGCUUUUAUGUUCAAGUGGAGCAGAGAAGAUGCCCGUCUCUACGAGGUCAACCUUGUGCAGUAGUUCAGUACAAUCAGUGGAAAGGUGGCGGUAUCAUUGCUGUYAGCUAUGAAGCAAGGGAUUAUGGAGUAACAAGAAGUAUGCGUGGUGAUGAUGCCAAAGCUAAAUGCCCUGAGAUUCAGCUAGUUCAAGUUCCUGUAGCACGAGGCAAAGCCAAUCUWACCCACUACCGMGAAGCUGGUGCAGAAGUCAUAGAUGUACUGUUCAGGUUUUGUGAUGUUUGUGAAAAAGCAAGUGUAGAUGAGGCAUACCUCGACUUAACCAAGACUGUUGAAAGAAAAGCAUCCAAGAUGAGUGUUGCAGACAUUGCUGAAGAAUCAUGGGAUUCUUCAUUCAUUGAAGGUUUUACAAACAMAGAAAAUAAGCAGGACAARAAUACUUGGAUAUCUGCACUUGAAGGAAAUUCMAGCUUGAGGAAUUUAGCAGUAGGAGCCAUUAUUGUCUCAGAAAUAAGAAAGGCCGUCUUGUCAGAAACAACUUUUACUUGUUCUGCUGGGGUUGCCAAUAACAAGAUGUUAGCUAAGCUUGCUUGUGGACUUCAUAAACCUAACAAACAAACCAUCCUUCCAAUGGCACAAGUAUCUGAGCUGUUUAAAACUGUCAAGUUAAGAAAAGUGCGAAAUUUAGGAGGUAAACUUGGUUUGGACAUUAGUGCACAGCUCAAUGCAGARUAUAUGGCUGACAUUGCUAAGUUUUCCCUCAAUGAACUCAAAGCACRAUUUGGAGACAAAACAGGUGAAUGGGUUUAUCUCGUAAGCCAAGGAAUUGAUCAUGAGCCUGUACGGGUCCGUCAGUUACCGAAAUCUGUUGGYUGUGGCAAAAACUUUCCUGGAAAAACAAAACUUUCAACUGUUGAUCAGGUUCGUCAUUGGUUACAACAACUUGUUGAAGAGUUGCAUGARAGGCUAGAGAAAGAAGUUGAAAUUAAUAACCGUCAUGCCAAGUUGAUUACAGUUGGCGUCCGGCCAGAAGAUGCUGGAUAUAGCUCAAGGUCAUGUGCUUUGCGAAUGUUGGAUGUAAAGCGCAUGAUAAAGGAUAUAUUUGAAGUACUGCUCACAUUUCGCACCGCUAAGCAAGACUCAAAUAUAUGGGAACCCGCUAUUACAAAUCUUAGCUUAUCAGCCAGUAAAUUUACAGACAAACAAGACACCAACACUACUGCUAUCAGCACUUUCUUUAAAAAUGUUCCAAAUACUGGCUCACUGGAUUCUAUAGCCAAUACAUCAACCACCAGCACUUUAGACAACACAGAUGCAUCCACUAGUCAAUGCUCGUCACCAGCACCAUCUAAUGGUAGUGAUGAUAAAGGAAAUACAAAAUUGCUUAACUCAAAACUUGGUAUUAGGAGAUUUCUAACUGCAAACACAGAAGAUUUGAAAGAAGUUAAAAGUGAUAUAAAUGAGAYGGUGACAAUUAAAACAUCUCCAAAAAAGACUGGAAUUCARGCAUUCUUUUUCAAUAGUUCAGAACAAAAAAAUGCAACAAAUGAUAAAYUGCAGGAAAAAUCUAUAGAACAAGAUAUAAYAACAGAAAAUUCAACUAGAAAUGGUGGAUUGCUUGCAAAAUCUGCAUGUUCAACUAAUGAAGAACUUAACACCAAUUCAGGAAUAACACAGCAAGAAGAAAGUGAAGAAACUAUCAAUGUUGAUCUUGUAGUAUGUAAGAAAUGUGGUGAAAAGAUUUCUGCUUGGGAAUUACCAGAGCACUUAGACUUUCAUUUUGCAAAGGAACUACAGGAACAAGAAAGAACUUCACCUGCUUCUGAACCUCCAAGGAAAAAACUUAAAACAGCUGGAAAAAUAUUUUCAUUUUUCUCUUCCAAAUAGUAAAAAAUACAAUCUGUGGAGUUGCAGUUGGUGAAUAUUUUAAUGCAAGCAUUCRAGUCUCCACCACAGCUGUUAMCRGUGUUAUAGUGCUGCCUGUAAACAAGUGCAAGAGAGAGUMUAGCUCUUUUUACUGCUUAUGAUAAAUUAUAGUCAAUUUUUGAGCUGAGUUCUUUCACACUCAAAAAAUGCUGCUCUUGUUGUAUGUAAAUUAAUUGUGUAAAAAGACAUUGAUUUUGUACAGCACAAAUGCCAAAACAAACACAACCAAUUGUCAAAAAAAUAUAUAUUGAAAUCAAUUGAACAGAAUAAC